AUGACUGAAGAAUUGACUCAAAAAGCAAAGGACUUGUCUUUAGAUAAAACUGUCUUUGAUUCCAAGGAAGAGUUCACUGCUAAGCAUCCAUUAAAUAGUAGAUGGACCUUAUGGUAUACAAAACCUCAAACAAACAAGAGCGAAAAUUGGAGUGACUUGCUAAAACCAGUAAUCACUUUCUCUUCAGUUGAAGAGUUUUGGGGGAUAUACAAUUCGAUCCCUUCGGCAAAUCAACUACCACUAAGAUCGGAUUACCAUUUGUUUAGAGAAGGAAUUAGACCGGAAUGGGAAGACGAGGCCAAUACAAAGGGAGGAAAGUGGCUGCAUGCAUUUAACAAGAAUUCUGGUGCUAUAAUUAAUGAUUUAUGGUUGAGAGGUUUAUUGGCAGUUAUUGGUGAAACUAUUGAAGAUGACGAAAAUGAAGUUAACGGGAUCGUUUUGAAUAUUAGAAAACAGGCCUACAAGAUUGGUAUUUGGACAAAGGAUUGCGACGAGUCUAAAUUAAGAACAGUGGGAGAAAGAUUAAAGAAAAUCUUACAAUUGAAGGACGAGCAAAAAGUUGAAUUUAUCUCUCACGAUGCAUCAAAUACAAAAGGUUCCGAACCCCAAAUUGUAUUAUAG